AUGGAGGGGGGCGUGGCUAAAGUGUUGAUGUUAACAGGAAGUGCGAUUCUACUUCCUGUCUUCCUUUUCGUCACCACCCUCGUCUUUCGGCCUGGGGUCCUCAUCAGGACCUACAACUGGUUCUGGAGAUGGAGGCUGGGUUUGUCGGUUCGGUUUGCUUUCGUGGACUCCUACAGGUUCUGUUAUUCCACUCGGGGGACUCCAGGGGGCGCUCCAUCUCUGCUGCUGCUCCAUGGCUUCUCUGCAAACAAGGACAUGUGGCUCCCGGUGGUGAAGUCUUACAGGUGUCAGACUGUGUUGAAGGUGUUCAAAGAUUGUUCAGCAACUCACUCAAGAUGA